GCUGCGGCACUCGCAGGCUGGGUUCUUGCACUAUCGAGCGGUGAUACGCGGCUGUGACAGGAUUGCAGCUGUGCGGGCAGUCCUGUAACCUUCAGAAAGAAAGUACACACUGAGACAAUUCAGUAGCUAUGAUAAAAGGCAAGAAGAAAGAUGCCAAGAAGAAAGAUGGUAAGAAGGCAGCUGCUGAGAAUUCAGAAGACUCUCUAGAUACCCCAGCUGGGAGUAGCUUAACAACACUAGAUUUUCAGAGUGACUCAUUGAGCACAGAAACUCCAGCAAUUCCAGAGGCACCAGAUAAAGAGCCAGAGGUAGAGGAACCACCAGCCCAGCCUGUUCUCCCGAUCCACGAAGAGCCUGUUCUUGCUCAAGUGAUUAUAAAAAGCUAUGAAGGUGAACAAGUUGAUGAAUUCUAUGAGGGUGAAGGAUUUAUAUGUUUUGAGGGAGGAAAUACAUACAAGGGUCUGUUUUCUGAAGGGCGUAUGAAUGGAGAAGGGAUUUACUCAUGGGCUGAUGGAGUAAAGUACGAGGGAACAUUUGUUAAGAAUGUGCCGAUGCAUAAUGGCCGUUAUACCUGGAAUGAUGGCAGUGUUUACGAAGGAUCAAUCCAAGAUGGACUUAGGCACGGAUAUGGAGUUUUCAGGAGUGGUACUCAUCCAAUUUCUUACAUUGGUUAUUGGUGCAAUGGCAAAAGACAUGGAAAGGGUAAGAUUUAUUAUGAUGAGGAACAGACCUCCUGGUAUAAAGGUGAUUGGGUGAAUAAUGUCAGAGAAGGGUGGGGAAUCAGACGCUACAGGUCUGGAAAUAUAUAUAAUGGUCAGUGGAAGAAAAAUCUACGACAUGGACAUGGAAGAAUGAUAUGGGUGACAGAUAAUCAAGAAUACGAAGGACAGUGGGAGUGUGGCAUGCAGCAUGGUUCUGGUAUGCACACAUGGUUUUUGAAGAGAAUGGAAAUGUCUAAGUAUUCUCUACGGAAUGCAUAUGCGGGGGAUUUUGUAAAAGGGGAGCGCCAUGGACAUGGGACAUUUCUUUAUGCUGAUGGAGCAGUGUACAAGGGAGAAUGGGUGCAUAAUAAGAAGCAUGGCAAGGGCAUCUUUGUCUUCAAGGAUGGUAAUGCUUUUGAAGGAGAGUUUAUAAAUGAUCAUCCUGUGGAAUGUCGUACUCAUCAAGGGUCUGCUGUGAAAGCCAAGAACCUGAGAGCCACUAGCCCAAGAAGCAAUUUUGGCACUGAAAGGACUUCAAUCACUAAGGACUUGGGAGAGUUUUCUGUUCUGGGAUCAGAUAUUGAUUUGGAUGUAUCAUCACUGCUUUCCUUCUUCCCAAGAGAAGAGAGAGAGGAUGAAAUGCAACAAGUACAAUUGGCUGUGUUGAGGCAUAUUUCAGAAUUGAGAAAAGCCUACUACUUCUACAGUGCCUUAGGCUGUGCUUCCCCUGACGGUGUUUGCUCCCUGACUAUGCUGAAGUUUUGGAGAUUUCUGAAGGACUGCAAUUUUCUUCUCUCCUCCGUAACUCUUGCUGAAAUAGAUCGACUGUUGAGAGGUGAUGAACCACCUAAGAACAUACAUGAUCCAAGACAUAUAUUACUGUUCAGAACAUUUGUAUCCUACCUUGUUCACCUGGCAUUUCAUAUCUAUCAUAAAGAGUACAAAGAUGAAGUUCCUAAUCUGAAGAAGUGUUUCUUAGAAAUGAUGUUCAGGAAUGUUCUGCCCUCUGCCUGUUGUGUCCAAAGUAUCUUAUAUUCUGAUAAAGAAUUCUCAUCUUUUGCCAUGAGCUACUUUGAGAAAUGCUGGGAUAUAUACAAAGACUUUUCUAGACCAUGUCCCAGACCUCCAUUUGACUCCACAGUGAAGCUGAGGCAAUUCCUCUGGAUGUUGGAUGAUUAUAAACUUCUCAGUGAACAAUUAACUGCUGCAAGAGUUCUGGGAAUAUUUGUCAAAAUUGGUGCCUCCCUACCUGCCAUCCAUGGUGUCAACCUGGAGCUGGAGAUGGUUUUUCUAGAAUUUUUUGAAGCUCUUCUUGAAUGUGCAUUGGUGUAUGUUACUGAGGAUAUGAUCCUGAAGAAAGAAGCUGAAGAUAACCAGAAAAGAAGUAGCUUUGAAAUCAAGGAGUGCUCCAAGGAAACCUCAGCUGUGUCUCCCACGGAACAUUCUCCACCCCAGCCACCGAGACCUUGUGAAGACACAAAGCCUGCUCAUCAACCUUCUCUACUGGAAACUCUUCUCUCAUUUCCCAUAACUCCUGGAGAAAGCAAAGAUGAUGUGUCAUUGCCCAGCAAGGAUGUAAAAGAAGAACAAGAUUCCUGUCCAGAAAAGGAAUUGAUAGAUGAAGCAAAAGAAGAUAAAGAUGAACAAAAGGAGCCGUUUAGUUUCUGGAUGUGUCAGGUGGAAACCUUUCUCACAACUAAGUUAUUCCCUGCUUUUGAGCAUGACAUAAUGCUGAGAGAUAAAAUAGAAGAAAUAAAAAAGGAGAAUGAUGAAUUAGCUGAGCUGAGAAAGAGCCAGGCUGAGGAGCUGGAAAGACUUAUUGCUGAAAAAGAAGAAGAAGAAGAGGCAAAAAGGCAAGAAGCAGCAGAAUUACAGGAGAGUAUCAAGCAGAGGGAACGAGCCUCGUCAUCUUGGGAGAAACUCCUCUCUUGGAGAGGUCUCCAGCUGAGAAAAGAGGCCUCCAAAACAGAACCCUCACCAAAGAAAAGAGGCUCACAAGCAGCAGAGCCUGAGGGGGAAGAGGCAAAGAAGGCAGCACCCACAGGUACCAAGGCAACUGCUGACAAAAAGAAAAAGAAAUAAAUCCUUUGCUGGGAACUGCUGAAGCUUCAAGCAAGAACUCUUCAAAUAAGAAAAAAAAAAAACAACAAACCAAAACAACC